GCUCUUCAUUACCAUGGUCAUGACAUUAGCAGAGCGUGUUUGUGUCUGAACUUGUCUGCUUUCAAAACCAUGGAAGGAAGGAAGUUUGGUCUUCCAAACUGAUCACAUACUUCAUGACUUACAAAGCAAGGAGAAUUUCUUUCACUGGGACAACAUAGUGAUGACUGUGGGUGACAGCUCAGUUCUCACCUGCCUUAUCAAAGGAAAGAUAAGUAUGCUAACAUGGACAAUAACCCCCAAGGUUGGAGGCCCUUGCACCUUGGUAUACAGGAUUGAUACAAACGUGACACACAGAACAAACUGCAGUGACAACAUAAACUUGACAUUCAGAGCAGGUCUGGCUCCUGCCCUUUUGAUAGAGCAAGUGGGAAUAGCCCAGGAGGGAAAUUACCUCUGUGACACGGCAUCAACAGAAGGGAAUUUCCGCAGGACGUACAAUCUGACCGUGCUGGUGCCCCCGAAGCUGAGCCUGUUCUGUGAUGAGCAGGGUAGCCCUGUGUGCGAGGCAGCGGUAGGGAAGCCGCCAGCUCAACUCUCGUGGAUCCCAGAGAGCAGCUCCAGUGCAAAGGAAAUGUGCCACAACAAUGGGACAGUGACUGUUUUCAGCACGUUCACAGCAUGCAGCACCAAUUUGACCAAUGAGACCACCUGCAUCGUGUCCCACCCAGCUGGGAACUGGAGCCAGUCCAUAGCCUGCUGUUCCUCAGAGAAAACCAGCUUUUUCCUGCAUGCCGGCAUUAUUACUUGCGUUCUGGUCAUAAUCACCUUGUUGGCUGCCAUUUACUAUUUCAAGCUCCACAGUGAUAGACCAUGCCACAAAACCAAACCUCCUGAAAUUGCUCCUAUACAUUCCGAACAGGAUGACACAAUGGAAGUGGAACCUUAUACUACUUACGUGCAAAAGGAAAAUGUAAUCUACAACUCAGUGUCUGAUCUGACAGUGGGGCAGAAUCUUCCACAAAACCUGUGCCCAGAAACAUGAAUGAUUCAACAACACCAGAAAAGGAAAGAGAUACUUUAUAGAAGACUGGUUAUAGAAAGAGACUUCUCAGAGGAUUUCUUCAGAUUUUGGGGCAGCAUAGAUCACUAGGUCUGUUCAAAUACCUCUGCUUGCUGAUGAGUACAUAGUUCUUUUUUUCCCUGUUUUGCUUUCUUCCUUGGGAAAAUGUGUCAUUCCUAGGAAGAUGUUACUGACCACACACCAUAGUUUUUCCUGGGAAAGAAACUGUGAUCAGUCUUCCCUUCACUGUUCUUGCCUUGGAGACCCUAGUUUUGUCACUCACUUGUAGUUGUUACUUUCAUGCACUUGACACUAUGAUGCACACAUUUGGGAGACCAGAGGAGAGUUCUGUCUGAACUAAAACAAAACUCUCUUCCACCAACAGCCACUUUUUUCUAAUACAUAUGUUAGUAAUACAUGAGCUGGGUACUGAUCAUCACUGAAUACCUCAAAUAGCAGAAGAUAAUGGUAGGAAAGACUUAGUUCUGAAAAUGGAAAUAAGAGAUAAAUUUAGAAGGUCACCCACUAAGAAGGAGACUACACUAGGAUGACUAAUUCCCUUGUUAGGUUCAUAUCCAAUAUUUUGAGAUGCCAUUAUGGGACAUCAUCCAGAAGAAUCUGUAUAAGAUUGAUAAGUGGGCCAAUGGGAAUCUCAUGAGAUUUAACAAGACCAAGUGCAAGGUGCUGCACACGAGUUGGGACAACCCCUGGUAUCAAGACAGGCUGGGGCAUGAACAGAUUGAGAGCAGCCCUGCUGAGGAGGACUUGGGGUGGAUGAGAGGCUGGCCAUGACCCAGCAAAGUGCACUCGCAUUCCAGAAAACCGAAAGUGUCCUGGGCUGCAUACAAAGCAGCAUGGCCAGCAGGGGAAGGAGGGAAUUCUGCUCCUCUACUCUGCUCUUGUGAGAGCCCACCUGCAGUGCUGCACCCAGCUCUGGGGUCCUCAGCACAAGCAGGACAUUGAUCCAUUGGAAUGAGUCCAGAGGAGGCCAUCAAGAUGAUUAGAGGGAUGGAACACCUCUUCUAUAAGGAAAGGCUGAGAGGGUUGGGAUUGUUCAGCCAGGAGAAGAGAAGGUUUUGGGGUAACUGCAUUGUGGCCUUCCAGUACCUGAAAAGAAUCUGCAAGAAAGAUGGAGAGGGACGUUUACAAGAGCAUGCAGUAACAAGGCAGAGGGGAAUGGAUUUAUACUGAAAAAGAGUAAGUUUACAUUAGAUGUUAGGAGGAAGUUCUUUUCUUUUAGGGUGAUGAGACACUGGCACAGGCUGCCCAGAGGAGCUGUGGAUACCCCAUCCCUGGCAGUGCUCAAGAACAGAUUGGAUGUAACUCCGAGCAACCUGGUCUAGUGCAAGGUGACUCUGCCACUGCAGGGGGGUGGACCUUGAAGAUCUUUAAGGUCUCUUCCAACCUGAACCACUCCAUCAUUUUGUGAUUUCCACUAAAUAUGUUCAUUCUGUGUUUCAGAUCACUGGUAAGAUUAUAUGAAGAUAUACCAUUCUUCUCUUUCUUAAGAGUAUAAGCAUUAAUAUACUAUAAAAUACUUAUGUUACUCAAAACCCACAGGCUUCUUUUACCAAAAACAAACACAAAAAUAUUUCACAAAAUAAGUACAAAUAUAUCUUCUAUAAAUGUGCAAUAAUGUACAAAAAGGAUAAAAUGCAUGCUAAUUGUAGUCAUAUUUAUUUUAACUACCACAACUGAAGGUUUUUUAAUUUGUAUGUCUAGAUAUCUUACUGAUAUUCUUUUCAAUGUACUUACAAGUUCCCUUUUUUGUAUGUAAAUUAGCUUAUGUAUCUUAUUGUGUCUCAUUUUGAGGUGACUUAUCUCACCUUCACAAAAUAUCCCUUGGGAAUAAGUAAAAUAAUUGUCUUCUUUAUAAUAGCAGUUCCCAAAUUUUUUUUGAUUGAUGCCU